AUUUCUUUCUCGUUUACGACGCAGAGUAGUCGUUAUUCUCAUACGGUGGGAUAAGAUAACGAUUGUACAAAAUGGUGAACGGAAGGAUACCGUCAGUUUUCUCGAAAACAUAUGUUACCCCAAGAAGACCUUACGAAAAGGCUCGUUUAGAUCAAGAAUUACGAAUUAUUGGUGAAUACGGUCUCCGUAACAAGCGCGAAGUAUGGAGAGUUAAAUAUACUUUAGCAAAUAUUCGUAAAGCCGCUCGUGAGCUUCUUACUCUGGAAGAAAAGGAUCCCAAACGUUUGUUUGAAGGAAAUGCACUUCUACGUCGUUUGGUAAGAAUUGGAGUGCUAGAUGAGAGCAGAAUGAAACUUGAUUAUGUACUUGGUCUGAAAAUUGAAGAUUUCUUGGAAAGAAGACUUCAAACCCAAGUUUUCAAACUGGGACUUGCUAAAUCUAUUCAUCAUGCUCGUGUGCUUAUUCGCCAACGCCACAUUAGAGUACGCAAGCAGGUCGUGAACAUUCCAUCUUUCAUUGUGAGAUUGGAUUCACAAAAACACAUUGACUUCUCACUGAAGUCUCCAUUCGGUGGUGGAAGACCUGGCCGCGUCAAGAGGAGGAAUCUGCGCAAGGGAAGUGGAGGAGCUGCUCCGGAAGAAGAAGAAGAUUAA